ACCAAACACAGCUACUUUCAGCAAAAAGAAACUCAAAUGGCCUCCUCUUCCUAUGUCCUUCUCUUCGCUCUUCUUGCGUUGGCCUCAUGGCAGGCUAUAGCUUCUGAUCCGAGCCCCCUGCAAGACUUUUGUGUCGCAGACAACAGCUCACAUGUUCCAGUUCUAGUUAACGGAUUUGCAUGUAAAGACCCAAAGGACGUGAAGGCCGAAGACUUUUUCUUGGCGGCCAAACUCGACAUGCCGAGAGACACAAAGGCGAACAAAGUUGGGUCCAAUGUCACUUUGAUCAAUGUAAUGCGGAUUCCUGGCCUCAACACAUUGGGCAUCUCCCUGGCGCGCAUCGACUAUGCACCUCUAGGCGAGAACCCACCGCACACUCACCCGCGUGCCACUGAGAUCCUCACCGUGCUUGAAGGGACCCUUUAUGUCGGCUUUGUCACAUCCAACCCAGACAACAAGUUCUUGUCGAAGGUGCUUAACAAGGGUGACGUGUUUGUAUUCCCAGAAGGUCUCGUCCACUUCCAAUUCAACCCUAACCCCUACAAACCAGCGGUGGCAAUCGCUGCACUUAGCAGCCAGAACCCUGGGGCUAUCACCAUUGCCAACGCUGUGUUUGGGUCAAAACCGGCAAUCUCAGACGAUGUUCUUGCCAAGGCGUUCCAAGUGGAGAAGAAGACCGUAGACUGGCUUCAGGCUCAGUUUUGGGCAGACAACCAGAACUAAUGAAGUCUUGCAUGGAAAAACGUUAAAAAUAGAAUCGUCUUGGCUCGUAUGCAAUAUAUUUGUUUGUUGUAUUGUACUAGCUUG